CGCCGGCGGGCCACCCACCCACCCCGCAGCCCGGGCUCCCUCGCUUGUUGCUCAGGCCGGCGGUCGGGACGAUCGGCCAAAGGAGCACCAGGGACCAUGAAGGAGGCGAGCGGCAACUCGGGGCUGCCCGCGAUCGGCGGCUGAAGAAGAGCCCGACGGGGACGGCCAAGUGGAAGCGAGCAGCCUGGUGGAGGUGGGGGUGAGGGGCUCCACGUCCGUCCGUCCGUCCCUACGUCCGAUCCUCGAUCCCCUCUCUCUACUUCCCCCCGAGCAACCCCCGCCAAGCCUGGUAAGUUUCCAGCGCCGUCCGCCUCCCAUCAUCGAUCCGCCGCUCAGGACGGAGGAAGAAGAGGAGGAGGAGGAGGAGGAGGAGAAAGAGAAGGAGAGGCGGGGGCAGGUCUGGGGAGUGGAUCAGGUGACGGCAGCAAACCCGGCGCACCUGGGCUGGUCGACGGGUUGUUUGUUCUGAGGAGGCGGCCGGCCAGCAGGCAUGGGGAAUCAGGUAGAGAAACUGACCCACUUAAACUACAGAGAGGUUCCCACAGCCGACCCAGCCGGCAUGGACCGAGAUGAGGGUCCCCGAAUUGGAGUUUCUUACAUAUUUUCCAAUGAUGAUGAUGAUGUAGAGCCUCAACAAGACCCAGCAGAGCUCGGUGGGGAACACCCUGCGUCACAACCGUACGACCCGCAACUUCACGAAGUGGAAUGCUCCAUUUAUUACCGGGACGAGUGCAUCUAUCAGAAGAGUUUUUCCGGCGACCACAACUCGUCUGGUGAGGUGGGGGGUGGUGGAGGAGGAGGGGGCCAUUUCACCACUUACACACCAGAAAACCUACUGAACAAGUGCAAAGCUGGCGAUCUGAUAGAAUUUGUGUGCCAGGCCCAGUACCCUCACUGGGCAGUGUACGUAGGAGACUUCCAAGUUGUACACCUUCACAGACUUGAAGUGGUGAACAGUUUUCUCACCGACGCCAGCCAGGGCCGACGGGGGCGCAUCGCGAACCACUUGUACCGCUACAAACCGCUCAAUCCCGCCACCGUGGUACGAAACGCCCUGGAUCAGGUAGGCCGCAAAGACCAAGAUCUCAGCUGGAGGAACUCUGAAUGUUUUGCCGCCUGGUGCCGUUACGGCAAGCGCGAGUUCAAAAUUGGGGGCGAACUGCGCAUAGGGAAGCAACCUUACCGGUUGCAGAUCCAGCUGGGAGAUAAACGCAGUCACACGCUUGAGUUUCAGAGCCUGGAAGAUCUCAUUAUGGAAAAACGAAGGAACGAUCAAAUCGGGAAAGUGGCCGUCAUCCAAGAAUUGUCCAGCCAUCUCCAGGCAGCCGAGGCCGACAACGAAGACGGUGGUGCUAAUGGCAAACCAGGUGCCUGGACUGUUACUGAGUAGCAGUCCUUGCACAGUCUGGCUGCUUAACCUUGGCGACGGAUUAAAACUGAAUCCUGCGAAAUUGAGCUGUUAUAAGCCCUUUGGGCUCUUCCAGUGCAGGUUGACUCCAUGUGAAGGAAAGGGGCAAAGCUGAUUAAGCAUCGGUCCUUCAGCACUUAACUCCUUUGGUGCUUGCUUGAAACCAGCAAGUUUAUACGGUUGAGGGUUAAAUCUCAGGAAGAUCUUCCUCACUCGCUGUUUUAUGCAUUUAAGUCUCUCUCUUCCCAAAUUGCACCCCUGUUUCUCCUGCUUUGAGCUUCUGGCUUGUUUUAAAUUGGACGAGAUCCAGCAUCAGUGAAUUUAACAGGAUUCAAUGUUUUAGCAAGGUCAUUUCUUCCCUCCCCCCCCCCCACUUCCCCCCUCCCUUUUCCUCCUACCCUGUUUUGGCAUUUCUGGAAUCUCUGUCCCUUUCAUUCUGCUGGUUAUGACCUUCCAUUCUUCCUGUCCCCGGAUAUCUCUGUGAGGAUUUAAUGGCUAAAUUAUUGUGCAUUUGGGGGGGGGGGUCACAUUUGGUUGGCCUGCUUGCGCUGAAGGAUUUGGCAAAGUUGCAAAGCAGAAGUAGCAUUUGUUGGCUGUGGCCGAAGGGCCUUUUCUGGAUGGUUGUGGAGGGAUGUAACCUGUUUGCACAGAAGUGGGAUUACAAAGUGGAAUUACCCUGGAAUAAGGCCUGCAGCUUUUCAUUUAGGAACCAGCUACCAAGAAACUUUUUCCCUUUAAUUACAGUGUAAAGUUGAGUUAAGCCAUGGCCAGCCAGUCUUUUUAUAAGUUAUUGAAAUUUAGUGGGAAGGCAGCUAAACCCUCUUAGCACCAGUGGUUACAGCAGGAUUAAUUUGCUACAAAUCCAAGCACUGUUUGGGCACAUUAUGUAUUGUUGGAAAAGGUGACACAAGAGACAGGCAAUGUUUUUAAAAAUGAAUUUUAUUCCUAGGCAGUGAAGCUGGUUGUCUUAUUUUUACUCUUAAAUGCCUGAGGACUAGGCUUUUAUGCAUUGGAGAAAAAAAAACAACACUUUUUCUUUCAGUCUGUUUUAUCAUUUCUUUAUGUAUAAAAUCAUUGAUUUGAGAAGCCCGGCAUCUUCUCUGCAUUUUUUCCAGUCUAUUUGUUUGGUUUCAUUCUGUAUAGUAAGUCAGCAAAGCACAUCCUCCCCAUUAACAAUAGGGGGAAAAAAGGAAAGGGACGGUACAUAUUGUUCAUUUUCAGGUUAGGGAAUUUCUGUCUUCAGCCCCUCAAGCUGAUCUCUGUUGAUCCCUUCUUUUUUCUUGGUGGACUUUUGCUUCUCUAGGGAUAUUGUUAACGCAAGGAAGAGAAAGCAGACUUGCCUUGUUGGCAAGUCACAAUUAUAAAAAAAGAGAACUGGUAAAAAAGUUCUGCUUGGGCAUUAUUGCUGCUAACAUGAAACUGCAGCUGUGUAGUUGCCAAUCCUAUAAAAAAAAUUGUUCCGCAUGCAUUAGCUAGGAGCUGUGCUUCAGGAGUUGCUUUGUAGCUAGGAAUUUGUUAUCUUCAUUCCGAUCAGCAAAUAGAAGAAGCAAGAAUUGUGUGUUUUGGUUAACCGACUGUUAACUUCCUUGCUAAUGGCUGAUUUGUCAUAAAAGCCUCUGAUUUGUUUUAAGUAGUAAAGUUGCACAUUUGGAAGCAAAGGUGUUUGGUGUAACUAAGCAGCAUUUUAAAACAUGCUUAGCAAUUAUUAACCACCACUUAAAGCAGACAAUAUUCUCUGCUACCUCUUCAUUGCAAAACCAUGUAAGGGAUGCUUUUCAACCGCAUGCAUCCAAUUACCAUAUUUUGCAGAGGGUUGAAUUGAUGUUCUGGUGGUUGGUUAUUCUUCUAGAAUGGGUGUCUGCAACCCGUGGCUCUGGAGCCACAUGCGGCUCUUUCGUCCCCCUGCUGUGGCUCCCUAUCGGCUGAACCCACCACUGGCUGGUCCCACCUGUCAUCCUCCCCUUCCAGUCACUCCUCGCCUGACCUGAGAGAGAUGAGAGAGAGAGACGGAGACGGAGACGGGGACACAGAGAGAGAGAUACUUGUUUCCCACAGAAAACACUGGAAGCCACAAAACCUGAGUAGGCGCGGCUGGGGUGUGUGUCAUGUGACUGGGUGGGAGUGAGUGACAUCGAGUUGGCCACACCCACCCAGGUUUUGUGGCUCCCGGUGUUUUCUUUUCUGUGGGAAACAGGUCCAAAUGGCUCUUUCAGCAUUUAAGGUUGCAGAUCCCUGCUCUAGAGUAAGCGACAUUGAAUUGUGGGUUGAUAAGUGAGGGAAAGACAGUGAUGUAAAGUCUUGCUCCUUUUUCACUUUGUACUUCAUUUGUUCCAGCGGUGGCUAGACGGUGCCACAAAUCACUUUAGACAAAUCACUGAUCAUCUGAAAUGAGCUUAGGCCGGUGGUCCUUGAUCUUAUAAAGAAACAUUCUCCGUUGUCCUUUUUUUUGUAGCAUUCAGCCAGAAGUUAGUAAUCACGUGACGAAAGGCUGUUUUGCUAUCUAUCAAAAAGUCCCACCCUUUUUAAAAAAAUCCUUCCUGUGGUUUGAAAAAUGCCUAGCAGAGAAAAAUGCACAGUUAUAUGAUUCCUUCCUAUUGCUGCUUAGUUUAUCUUCACUUUAGCUUCCUAUAUAUUGGGACACCCAAACCAGGUUAAUUUCCCCAAUUCCUCACCUAUAGAUUAAAGUGGUGCAAUCCAGGCAAUUUGCUACUGUACUGUUAUUCUGCUGAAGGUAUAACCCGCCAUUGUCAACCCAUAAAUGUCUUGCAUACCAAACAAGGACCAGCUUAACUUCAAGAACUUUGGUUUAUUCUGCUAAUGCACUGUGUGAUUGUUUGCAUUCAGGAAGAGGGAAGCGAGUCAUGCAGAAAGUGAGAUAAUCCAGCGCUAAUUUGGUUUUCCUCCCUUUGCUUCUGAGAGUUCAGAAGUUGGCGAUAAGCGAAGUUGAUAAAGGUCUCAAGGAGAUACCUGUUGGGUUGGAAACGGUGUCUUUUUAGGAACGUGAUGUUAUUCUGAGGUAUGUGCUCUGCAUACCUUGAUUGUCAAGCUCAUAUGCAAUAUUGUAUGUUUUUUAAGCACAAAAAUCUGAACGUACCGAACUUGGCUAUUGACAAGCAGAACAGGUCCUUUAAGCAGUGCUGGUGAGGACAUCUGGAGGUACUUCUGAUGGAUGCUCAUCAAAGCUUCUACAGCUGUCACCGUAAGAGGAAAAUUUGCAGUGGAAAAAAAAAACUCUGCAUAUAUUUUCCAGGAAUACACAAUAAGCAGGACCUUGCUUCCAUUUUAGGACUGAUCAGCAUGGAGAACUCAUUACAAAAUAGUAAAAAUGUUUACUGCUAUUAAAGAGGCCAAGAAGAUGUUCUUCCUGUUAAAUCCAGCAACUGGAUCCUAGCUUCAGAGUUGAUAUUUAGUUAUUAAUGAUUCUGAAUUUUGUAGAGAACAAAACUUAUUUCGCUAUGUAAUAGUGGUUGUAAAAUGAUAUUUUCUUACAAGUAUUUUUGAAAGGAAUUCCAUCAUGAAAAUAUUUACAUUUUUUGAAAGCUGUAUUAUUUUCACAGAGAAAUAUAUCCUCCAAAUCAACUUUUGUUUAUUUUUGUCAUUGGUAAUCUAAAAGUAUUUUCUAGAUCAUAAAUAAAGUGUACAAGAAAUGAUA